UUGAGCGGCUCCCCACAAUCUCAGUUAGUGUGGUUCCCAAAUUCCAAAUUCCAACUUCCAUUUCAUCUCUCGGUUGUUUGUUUCUCUCUCUUCUGUUGUGGGAUUUGAAUUACAGCCAUUGCACAACUCCGGAGCCGACCUUCCUCCUCGAAUCACAAGGAAAUCUGAGAGCUUUUUCGGUUCUUCUCAAUGGCGGACGAUGAACUUGUUGAUCAAAAGAAGUAUCUUGAGGAGUCUUGCCAGCCUAAAUGUGUGAAGCCUCUGAUUGAAUAUCAGGCAUGUGUUAAGAGGGUUGAAGGUGACGACACUGGAAACAAGCAUUGCACAGGGCAGUACUUUGACUACAUAUCUUGUGUUGACAAAUGUGUUGCGCCAAAGUUAUUUCAAAAGCUCAAAUAACGGAGUCACAGUUCUACGGUCUCCCCAUCCUUUAAUUGUUACUCUUUUACAUUGGAUAUGAAUUUUUAAACCGCGCUAUGAUGUUUGCCGGUCUUUGUUUCCAGCAACAUGAUUCAAAUCUUGUCGAGAGGUCUUGAAUAAAAAGAAGAUUUUGUGAGUUGGUUAAUAUGGCAUGCUGUUUUUGGA